UAUUUUUUAAAUUUAAUAUAAAUUUAAUAGUUUUCCUACAUAGAAUGUGUUUAUAGAGUUCAUAAAGUUUCGUUUAAUUUUCAAAUAAAACAAUACAGGGGUCUAAAAUGGUGACACAUAGACAUACACAACUCAUAUGGAUGCAGUAUUUGUGAUAAUACAACAUAAGUUCAAAUACCACAGUUAACUAAUUAACUGUCAGUUAAAACAGUGUUCCAGUGAUAUUAGUUGUAGUUAGUUACAAUAGUUCAAGAUGGACAACUCAGAUCCCGAAGCUAAAUUGAAUGAGCGGCCUGAGACCAAUGAGGUAUCGAUAGAUGAAGCCAAGAAGAAUGGAGUCAACGGUGGUCCGGUAACACACGAGUACUUAGACUAUGAACCAUCAGGCUGGUUGGAGACGACCCUGCUGAGGGUGGGAAGCUCCACAGAUAACUUCAUCAAGCAGAACCGAUCUGUUAUGAAGACAGUCACUCUGUUUUCAUUAAAUGGAUUAGUCCUGGGAUUCUUCUUCGGAUGUCUUUAUCAUUAUUUAAAUAAUGCCAGAGAGCCUCUGGAGCUCUGUCAUGGCUUCGGCAGUCUCAUAGCAUUCCUGGGUAUCAUAUACUUUUUCAUCAUAUAUUUCCUGGUGGUGAAGAGGUUGAUAGGAGCCUGGUUCGAGAGAACUGUGUGGAGCAGGGUCGACAAGAUCUUCAGUAAACUUUGGACUAUGAUAUGGUUCCGCUGGUGUCUUGUAUUAGCUGUGUUGGCCGCAAUAGCUGUUUACUUGUUUGUUGACACCCGGGAUGAUCCAAGCAGACUCAUCUCACUUAUAGGAUUAUUUAUAAUACUAUUGUUAGGUUUCGUGUUCUCUGCCCACCCCGGUCGUAUAAACUGGCGCACUGUGUCUACUGGUCUGCUGAUCCAGUUCAUCUUUGGGGUACUCUUCAUCAGGUGGACUCCUGGAAGACUGGCGUUACAAUGUUUCUCUGAUAAGGUGGCGACGUUCCUGUCUUAUGGAGUUGAGGGCGCUGCCUUCGCUUUUGGAGACCUACUAGUCAGGACUGAAGGAGUUUUCGCGUUCAGUACGUUACCAGUAAUCUUCUUCUUCAGUAUGCUGGUGGAGAUCUUAUUCUUCUGGGGCGCCCUCCAGUGGUUUGUGUUGAAACUAGGCCAGGUGUUACGAGCGGCCACCGGCACCACUGUCUGCGAGAGUGUUAUAGCUGUAGGAAACGUGUUCUUGGGGAUGACUGAAUCGAUACUGCUAAUCAAACCCUAUCUAGCACUGCAAACCCCGUCUGAACUACACGUCGUGAUGGCAUCAGGAUUCGCGACAGUAUCAGGUAAUCAAGACAAAUCAGUCCUUUCUGCAGCCACAAGAGGAGCUACCAACGGUAUAGCGCUGGUCCUCAAUAUUAUCGCCAAUAUCAUAGCUUUUGUGGCCUUUGUGGCAUUCGUCAACGGCGUAAUCGGCUAUUGUGCAAAUUUAGUGGGAUACGAAGACAAAAACCUGGAAUGGAUAUUCGGAAAAGUAUUCAUACCUCUUGCAUGGGUAAUGGGUGUACCAUGGGAGGAGUGUGAGCUGGUUGGUUCCCUGAUCGGCCUGAAGACGGUGGUCAACGAGUUCGUGGCCUAUCAGAGAAUGGGGGAGAUGAAGAGAGAUGGAUUACUGUCUCCGCGAGCAGAGUUGAUUGCAACUUAUUCCCUCUGUGGUUUCACCAACCCUGGAUCAGCUGGUAUUAUGAUAGGUGCCAUCGCUGCCAUGGCGCCUGGACAAAGAGAAGUGCUAUCUAGUGUGGCUGUGAGAGCAUUCUUCGCAGGAUGCGGCAUCUGUUUCAUGACAGCGUGCAUAGCAGGUUUGCUGAUGCCUGAAGGUGCUUUUAUUUAAAAAGUUAUAGUUUUAAUAUAUUUAUAGUGUACCUACAGGUACCUAUUGUGAUGUAAAUACGUAUUAACAUUUAUA